AUGAACAUGAACCCAAUGACGAGCAACCUGCCCUGCCAGGCUCCCAUAUGGGCACCACAUAAGGAGCCUCUCCCGCCAGGGCUUACCGAGGAGGAUCGGCCGCUCUGGGAGCAGAAUAAGCGCAUGGAGAAGUAUUUGGGUGCAGCAAUGGAGUCAUGUCCGGUCAAGGCAACACUAGCAGGUGGUGCAGGUUUCGGACUCGGCGCGUUCUUCUCCCUUAUGUCUGCGUCGUUCGCGUACGAGGAUCCGUAUCUCCGCGCACGUACGCAGGAAGGGAUGAACACAACGCAAAAGGCUAGUCAAAUCUUCAAGGAGAUGGGAAGGGGAAUGUGGUCGAGUGGGAAGAGUUUCGGGAAGAUCGGGGCCCUGUUCGCCGGUAUUGAAUGUGUCAUCGAGUCGUAUCGCGCGAAGAAUGACAUUUAUAACUCUGUCUCAGCAGGAUUCGUGGCUGGCGGUAUCUUGGCGCGUAACUCGGGGCCGAAAGCUUCCUUUACGGGUGGACUCGCGUUUGCUGCCUUCUCAGCGGCGAUCGACAUGCUGUUUCUACGGAGAGAAACGCCUGAGGAGGACUGA